AUGAAUGCAUCCCUGAGAUCUUCCCAAGCAAAAAUGAAUACUAACACGACACCAGAUGAUUCACCAAGAGAAGAAGAACAUGAUUGGGAUUCGUAUUUAGUUGAAACAAAUAGUGAAGCAGCGCCAGCAAGUAAUUUCAAACAAGCUUUGAUUCCACCAGUAAACGACUUCAUUGUUGGAGAAAAACUUGAAUCAAUUGAUCCAAGAAAUCAAGAUUCAUGGUGUAUAGGAACAAUUAUUGAAAAAGAUGGACCAAGACUACGUAUACGAUUAGAUGGAACUGAUGAUCGAAAUGAUUUUUGGCGUCUUGUCGACUCAGGAGAUAUUCGUUGUUAUGGAACAACAGCAAAAUUAGGAGGACAAAUUGUGCCUCCUCUUGGUUUUCAACUGACUUCAACUCGGUGGACCAAAUAUUUUGAAAGAAAUGUUAAGGAUGGCCCGUUUGCUGCUGAAUCAUGUUUCAAACCGCAACCUUCGAAACCCGAAAAGAAUUUAUUUAAAAAAGGACAAAAAUUAGAAGCUGUCGAUCCAAGACAUUCUAAUCUAAUAUGUCCAGCAACAGUAAGUAAUGUUAUACCUGGUGAUUAUCGAAUAAUGUUAUCAUUGGAUGGAUGGAGUUCACUAAAUAAUUUUAAAGUUGAUUAUCUAUCACGGGAUAUUUUUCCUGUUGGUUGGUGUAAAUUAGCUGGAAUUCGUAUUGCAAAAGUUGGUGGAAACCCACCUUCUCGUGCAUCGAAUAAAAUAUUACCAACGAGUCCUACUAAACAAAAUGAAAAUGUUCGACAGCAGCAAUCGAAAAAUAAGAAAACCAUUGUUUCACCAUUACCAAAUGAUUCAUCUCAUUCACCAACAACUAUGGAUGAGAAAAAUAAUAAUUUAACAACGAAAGAAAAAAUAAAUCAAAGAUCAAAGACUAAGAAGGAGAAUGGAAACUCAAUUGAUUCAGAUGAAGCUAAUGAAGAUACUAAAAAGAAACGACCCAUUGUCACUGUAUAUUUAAAUUAUCUUGGUGAUAAUAGUGGAAUGUUAUUAAAUCCACAAAAAUUUCGUGUAUCAAUGCCAUCAAAAUUUGGACCCGAUGAAUGUCAUGUUGUCCUAACAUCAAUAUUUGAUUCAUGUAUUAAAUGUGCUUUUCAACAAGCAUCAUUUAUUAAACGAAUACUUGAUCUAUUUCCAACACCUAAUGACGAAGAAAAAGAUUCGUAUACACAGAUUAAAUUGGAAAAUGGUACAAUAGUGUAUAUUCGACAGUUUGAAACAGAAGUUGAUUUUUGGGAUGUUAUUCGCCUAUUUCAAAAUAUUAUUUUAUCUGGUGAUAAUCUUUUUAUCCGAACAUCACCACCAUCAGUGAAUAAGCAAAUUAAUGAUUCAUCAUCAUCCUUAUUUGAUUCAUCUACAUCAUCUAGUUCGUACACUUUACUUUAUUAUUUGAAUAUUCAACAUAAUAACAUGUUUUUAGAUAAAAAACAAGAUUCUUCACAAUCCUACCAAUCAAUAAGUAAUAAUAAAACUAAACGAAAAAGUACAGAAUUAGCUUCAUAUCCCGAGAAUAAAACAUUCAUAAGUAAUGGUAAAGCAGCACGAUCCAAUUCGAAUGAAAGAACAGUUUAUGACACAAAAUCUUCAUCGAACACUUAUUCACAACCAAUAGAUCAACAUGCACAUGGGUCUCGUCAUUAUGAACGAUUUACACCAAGUGAAGUAGCAUCAUUUGUUCGAGGCAUUGAUCCAUCAUUUGAUAGUCUUGCUUCAAGGUUUCUUCAAGAGGAAAUUGAUGGAAAAGCUCUUCUUCUUCUUACAACAGAUACAUUAAUGAGACAUAUGGGUUUAAAACUUGGUCCAUCACUUAAAAUUGUUCAUCAUAUUGAACAAUUAAAAAAAUGUUAA